AUGGCAACGAAACGAAUUAACAAGGAGUUGCAGGACUUGAAACGUGAUCCACCUGCUGGCUGUUCGGCAGGACCUGUGGGAGAUGAUUUGUAUCACUGGGAGGCUAUGAUUCAGGGGCCUCCGGACAGUGCGUAUGCCGAUGGGGUCUUCUCGUUGUCUAUACACUUUCCCACAGACUAUCCAUUCAAACCGCCAAAGGUAACAUUCACAACCAAGAUCUACCAUCCCAACAUUCACAGCAAUGGCAGCAUAUGCUUAGACAUACUCAGAUCUCAGUGGUCUCCGGCGUUGACAAUAUCUAAAGUUCUGAUUUCAAUAACAUCAUUGCUGACAGACCCCAACCCGGAUGACCCGCUUGUUCCUGAGAUUGCCAGAAUGUAUAAAACAAAUAGGACCAGGUAUGAAGAGCUUGCAAAAGAAUGGACAAGAAAAUUUGCCAGUUCUUGA